GAAUGACGUCUUGUCAACAACACAAAAACUAACGGCAGAAGACAUGAGUGCCAGUGUAUAGACAAGGAUCUCAGGUGUGUUUCUCGAUGACGACUCCUCCGCUGGCGCAGUUCUCUGGCCAGCAGCAGCAGCAGACUCAGGCCGCUCGGGAUGUAAACACUGCAUCUCUGUGUCGGAUCGGUCAGGAGACGGUGCAGGACAUCGUCUUGCGGACCAUGGAGAUCUUUCAGCUGCUCAGAAACAUGCAGCUGCCGAACGGAGUGACGUAUCAUCCUAACACUCAUCAGGACCGGCUGGGGAAGCUGCAGGAGCAUUUGCGGACACUCUCGGUCCUCUUCCGAAAGCUCCGUCUCGUCUAUGACAAAUGCAAUGAGAACUGCGCCGGUCUGGAGCCCAUCCCUCCUGAGCAACUUAUCCCGUAUGUGGAGGAUGACAGUUCAAAACUGGAGGACCGAAUGGCCAAUCAGCUGCGUGCAGCCAGUGAAGAAAGAAGAGAAGUGCUGGAGGUUAAUAAGAAACUGAAACAGAAGAAUCAGCAGCUGAAGAUGAUCAUGGACCAGCUCAGGAACCUCAUCUGGGAGAUCAACUCCAUGCUGGCGGUCAGGAGCUGAGAACACACACUCACACGUACAAACAAUCUCUCUCCCACAAACUAAUACACACAGGUAUCAACGCAUUAAAGAAGAAAAGGUAUGAAGUGAAGAGAGGCUGAGCUGAGGAAACUCUACAUGCACACACACACACACACACACCUCGGCUUCAGCAGUGUUCAGUCUGAUGAACAUUAGAGGCUCGUUCACUCAGACACGCUUUCAAACGAAGCUUUUACGCAACUGUAGUCAUCAGAUUCUGCAUGAGCGAUAACAGAUUCACUUUACUCUGCAUUUCUCAUUCAGAAAUCUGUUGUGUGAGAUGUAGAAUGCAUAUUACUGUGCUGUUAAUAUAUAUAUACACGUAUUUAAACAAACAACAAAA